AUAAUAUUCCUACAUAAAUAAGCACGUUGAUUUUUCCCCGAGUACAUGUGCCUCAAAGGAUCAACUUGAUUGGGAAUUCCAACUUUGUUUUUCCGCCCCGCCUAUUGUCCAUAUUUAAUUCAUCUUUCAUAGUACGACGAGCCGUCCAACCACGAUCCAUUAAUAUUUGAGCCAUAUGCAUCAUUUGCGCCGACCUCUAUCGUUCCCUUGCAUCAAUUAGAGUCACGGAAGAAAAGAAGCAAAAAGUAAAAUGGCACACUUCACCGAACCGAAACAGAACAAUCAAGAAUCAUUGGCUGCUUCUUCCAGUAAUUCCGCUACGGGUGUUUCUGACGUUGACGAUUCUGUGAACGGUAACGAGAAGCGAGCGCGCGACGAUAGUCAAGAUGGCAGAAAAUCUAGAACUAGAAGGAGAAGAAGAAGAGCAAAGGACGGUGGAAUAUCUGAGAUAAAUGGUCACGACGGCUCAUUGAAGAGGAGGAACAGCAUAAGCAAGGCUGCACGGGAUCCUAGGGACGAGCCCCCGAAGAAGAAAAAGAAGAAGGUCAAGCCCGAAGCGCCCGAAGGUGCUGAGACACGGUCCCCCAGCCCUGUUAUCGACUUUGAUGGCUUGAGCCGACCGAGUCGAGGAACCAGAGAACGAUUAGAGGAGAGCUCUGAACAGGCAGCUCAACGACUCGAGAAAAUGAAAGGCGCUGUUCGAACAAUGCUUGAAUGCGUUGGCGAAGACCCGGAUAGGGAAGGCGUACUUGAUACUCCUGCAAGAUAUGCGAAGGCUAUGCUCUUUUUCACCAAAGGCUACCAACAGAAUGUCAAGGACAUUGUCAAUAACGCAAUCUUCCACGAAAACCAUAAUGAGAUGGUGAUUGUAAAAGACAUUGAGAUAUUUAGUCUUUGCGAACAUCACCUAGUUCCCUUCUUCGGAAAGAUGCACAUCGGAUAUAUUCCGAAAAACAAUGUCAUCGGCAUAUCGAAGUUACCACGCAUCGCUGAGAUGUUUAGCCGCCGGUUGCAAGUUCAAGAGAGACUCACAAGAGAAGUUGCCAAUGCCAUUAUGGAGGUAUUGAAACCUCAGGGGGUCGCUGUUGUCAUGGAGUCGAACCAUCUUUGCAUGGUUAUGCGCGGGGUCGAGAAGACUACUACCAGCACCAUCACCAGCUGCGUUCUUGGUUGUUUCGAAAAGAAGGAGAAGACGAGAAACGAAUUUCUGAGUCUAGUCGGGUUGAACAGAGGAUAUAGGUAGGCGCCAAGCGGGACGACAUGACGUUGACGUAUAUAAGAGGCAUGCAUAUAAGGCAUAGUUAUAAGGCGUUACGGGUCUAGAGUAUGGGAUCUCAACAUCAAACUCAUCAUUGGGAACGGAAAGGUAAAGGCAUUUAACAUUAGAGUUACAGCAAGCUCAACGCCUCGAGAAAAGGGUAGCAUACGGCGUCCAGGGGUAAAAUCACUCUUCAACAU